CUUCUCUCUGUUUAAAAAUUCUCCCAAGCCCACAACACUGUCGGUUUCUUUUCCAUGUUCCUGUAAAUCUACCCACAAAGCAAGCUUCAAUCAAAUUGAAAGAAUACCAAUAAAACAUGUUGAAUCCUUUGGUUUCCAGAAAACAAACAUGUACCCAAGAAAUGAGCAAGAAAACAAAUUUCUCCCUAGCAAUUCAAGAAGCCAAAUGCAUAGCCAAUAUUUCUCUUCCAAUGGUGUUAACAGGAUUGUUACUGUAUUCCAGAUCUAUGAUAUCCAUGCUCUUCCUCGGCCAUCUUGGUGAGCUCUCGUUAGCCGGAGGGGCGCUGGCCGUGGGAUUCGCCAACAUCACCGGUUAUUCCAUCCUCUCCGGUCUUGCCAUGGGAAUGGAACCAAUUUGUGGACAGGCUUUUGGAGCAGGAAAAUUCAAACUUAUUGGCCUUACCUUUCAAAAAACAGUUCUUUUACUUUUAUUGUCAUCAAUUCCCAUUGGGUUUUUAUGGUUCAACAUGAAGAAAAUUUUACUUUUCUGUGGUCAAGAUCAUGAUAUUUCAACACAAGCACAAUCCUAUAUUCUUUAUUCUAUUCCUGAUCUUCUUGCACAAUCAUUUCUUCACCCUUUAAGAAUAUAUCUUAGGACUCAAUCCAUAACGUUUCCUUUGACAUACUGUGCAGCUUUAGCCAUUCUUCUCCACAUUCCUAUAAGUUAUCUUCUUGUCACAUUCCUCAAUCUCGGGAUCAAAGGCGUCGCCCUAGCCGGAGUUUGGACGAAUUUCAACCUAGUAGGAUCAUUAAUCGCCUACGUUGUAAUGUCCGGGACCUACGAGAAAACUUGGGGUGGCAUAUCAUCAGAUUGCUUCAAGGGCUGGAAAUCUCUAGUAAGCCUAGCAAUUCCAAGUUGCAUUAGUGUAUGUUUAGAGUGGUGGUGGUACGAAAUCAUGAUCUUGUUAUGUGGAUUAUUAUUGAACCCUCGAGCAACGGUAGCAUCAAUGGGGAUUUUGAUUCAAACCACAGCUUUAAUCUACAUUUUUCCAUCUUCUUUAAGCUUUGGAAUAUCAACCAGGGUUGGAAAUGAACUAGGUGCCAACAGGCCUAAUACCGCGAAACUCUCUGCGAUUCUCGGACUAACAACGAGUUUUGUACUCGGAGUUUCAGCGCUGUUUUUUGCCAUUAUGGUGAGGAACACAUGGGCUAAAAUGUUCACACGAGAUGCGGAAAUCAUCGCUUUAACAUCGAUGGUUUUGCCCAUAAUAGGCUUAUGUGAGCUUGGAAAUUGCCCACAAACAACUGGUUGUGGGGUACUAAGGGGAACUGCUAGACCACAGUUGGGGGCUAAUAUCAACUUGGGGUGCUUUUAUUUAGUUGGGAUGCCAAUUGCAUUGUGGUUAGGGUUCUAUUUGGGGUAUGAUUUCAAGGGACUUUGGCUUGGACUUUUGGCUGCACAGGGCUCUUGUGCAGUGACCAUGUUGUUUCUUUUGGUUCGAACAGAUUGGGAACAUCAGGCUCAGAGAGCAAAAGAGUUGACAGGAGCAACCAAUGAGGACAUUAUUGAUUCUUUGAUGGAUGAUUCACUUGCUUAAUCUUCUUUGUCGAUCCCUUCCACCAUUUUGCAAAUCAAGUGCAUGCUUGGUAUGAAUUAUCGACAAGAUUAGACAUUAUGAUAGAUAGUAUUUUAAAUUUUUAGUCUUCCUUGAUAUUGUCCCUUGUAUAGUAUACGUUACCAAACAAGUUAGUGAGAACACAAUUGUUAGACUAGAGCUUGUAGAUUUCCAUUUAUGGUAUUAUUUAAUUAUUUAAACACAAGUCAAAUAUAAAACAUGUUUUUUUAUG